AGCGAUCCACGCGCACCACUUCAGCUGCAGCACCAGGAAGGGACGCUCAUGGGAACCCCAACACACCCCAGCUGGUGUCAGGAUGCCCCCACACUGACACCAGUCCUGCCAUGGCGUUCCCGCAGCCCCGGCCGGCCCGGCCCGAGCUCCCCCGGAAGCACGUGCGGACCAUGGAGUGCGGGCAAGGAGCGGUGCGAGCCGUGCGCUUCAACGCGGACGGCAAUUACUGCCUGACGUGCGGCAGCGACAAGACGCUGAAGCUGUGGAACCCGCACAAGGGCACCGCGCUGCGCAGCUACCAGGGACACGGCUACGAGGUGCUGGACGCCGCCGGGUCCUUUGAUAACAGCCAGAUCUGCUCCUGUGGCUCCGAUAAGACCGUGGUGCUCUGGGAUGUGGCCAGUGGACAAGUGGUUCGCAAGUACCGCGGGCACGCGGGGAAAGUCAACUGUGUGCAGUUCAAUGAGGAGGCCACCAUCAUCGUGUCUGGCUCUAUCGACUCCACGGUGCGCUGCUGGGACUCCCGCUCACGCCGCCCUGACCCCGUGCAGGUGUUGGAUGAGGCCAAGGACGGCAUCUCCAGCCUGAAGCUGUCAGCCCACGAAAUCCUGACGGGGUCUGUGGAUGGCCGCGUGCGACGCUACGACCUGCGUGCGGGGCAGCUCUACUCUGACUACGUGGGGAGCCCCAUCACCUGUGUCUGCUUCAGCAAGGAUGGGCAAUGCGCGUUGGCUGCCAGCCUGGACUCCACACUGCGCCUGCUAGACAAGGAGACGGGCGAGAUGCUGGGCGAGUACACCGGGCACCGCAGCUCAUCGUACCGCCUGGACUGCGUGAUGAGUGAGCAGGACACACACGUGGGCAGCGCCUCUGAGGAUGGCAACGUUUACUUCUGGGACCUGGUGGAGGGCUCCCUGGCACUGACAUUGCCCGUGGGGCAUGGGGUGGUACAGUCCAUUGCCUUCCACCCCACCCUGCCCUGCCUGCUGGCUGCCAACAAAGGCUGUGUGCAGCUGUGGCGUGAGGACGGCUUUGAGGGGGACACCACCACCACGUGACAGCCCGAGGGGGCCCCUUUGUGCCCCCCAGAACCUUCAGAAAUAAACCCCACAGUGUGGA